CUCUCUCUGCUGUCAGAGCGCUCUGAAGAAAAAAGGAGGAAGCAGAGGGGAGGCAGUGUAGCGGCAGCCGUCUGCUCAACCGGAGGACAAGACAACUUAAUCAGAGAAGGAAAAAAAAAAAACUACCGAAAACUAUCCAUUAGCUGGUCCCAGCACCGCCGACAACACCUCCUCUCGGAACAACCCACGAAAGAAAGACUUUCCGCCUCUCCAGAGAGCGUCUGUUUCUGGCACCUGCAACUUGAGGUAGUUCAUUUCCAACAACCAUUAAGGCAGCUGCUUGAAAACACCGGGAGAAUGGCAGACUCGGCGGCGGCCAACAGUGAUGGGGAGGACGGACCCCGCGAGCCUAUGCGGGGCUUCGCGCGCCAGGGAGCUCUCCGGCAGAAGAACGUGCACGAGGUGAAGGACCACAAAUUCAUCGCGCGCUUCUUCAAGCAGCCCACCUUCUGCAGCCACUGCACCGACUUCAUCUGGGGUUUUGGGAAGCAGGGAUUUCAGUGUCAAGUGUGUUGUUUCGUGGUUCACAAACGUUGCCAUGAGUUCGUCACUUUCUCCUGCCCAGGUGCUGAUAAAGGGCCCGCGUCAGACGACCCGAGGUCAAAGCACAAGUUUAAGAUCCACACCUACUCCAGCCCCACCUUCUGUGACCACUGUGGCUCCCUACUCUAUGGCCUCAUACACCAGGGAAUGAGAUGUGACCACUGUAUGAUGAACAUCCAUAAGCGAUGUGUGGCCAACGUGCCAAGCCUGUGUGGCACAGACCACACUGAGAGGAGAGGUCGCAUCCAGAUCACCGCCGAGGUUAAGACCAAUGUUCUCACUGUUACCAUCAAAGAGGCCAGGAAUCUGGUUCCCAUGGACCCCAACGGUCUGUCAGACCCUUAUGUGAAGCUUAAACUGAUCCCGGAUCCCCGCAGCGAGAGUAAACAGAAGACCAAGACCAUAAAGUGCUGCCUCAACCCCACCUGGAACGAGACCUUUAAAUUCCACCUGAAAGAAUACGAUAAGGACCGCCGUCUGUCAGUGGAGAUGUGGGACUGGGACCUGACCAGCCGCAAUGACUUCAUGGGAUCACUGUCCUUUGGCAUCUCGGAGCUCCAGAAACAAGGGGUGGAUGGAUGGUUUAAGCUGCUCUCCCAGGAAGAAGGCGAGUACUUCAAUGUACCCGUCCCUCCGGAGGGGGAGGAGGGCAACGAGGAGCUACGGCAGAAAUUUGAGAGGGCUAAAAUUGGUCCGGGGAAGAACACAGAAGGGAAGUCAGCCAACGCCGCAUCCCGGUUCGACUCCAAUGGCAACCAAGACCGCAUGAAGUUGUCUGACUUUAACUUCCUCAUGGUGCUGGGCAAGGGCAGCUUUGGCAAGGUGAUGCUGGCAGAGCGCAAAGGAACCGAGGACCUGUACGCUAUAAAGAUCCUGAAGAAGGACGUCGUGAUCCAAGAUGAUGACGUAGAGUGCACCAUGGUGGAGAAGAGAGUGCUAGCUUUAUCUGGAAAGCCCCCGUUCUUAACACAGCUGCACUCUACCUUCCAGACUAUGGACCGUUUGUAUUUUGUCAUGGAGUACAUAAACGGCGGAGAUCUCAUGUAUCAGAUACAGCAGGUCGGCAAGUUCAAAGAACCUCACGCUGUAUUCUACGCUGCAGAGAUAGCGAUUGGUCUGUUUUUCCUACAUCAAAAGGGCAUCAUCUACAGAGACCUGAAGCUGGACAAUGUAAUGCUGGACUGUGAGGGCCACAUUAAAAUAGCAGACUUUGGCAUGUGUAAAGAGAAUAUGAAUGAUGGAAUCACAACCAAGACCUUCUGUGGCACACCGGAUUACAUUGCUCCUGAGAUUAUAGCCUACCAGCCUUACGGGAAAUCUGUGGACUGGUGGGCCUUUGGCGUCUUGCUCUACGAGAUGCUGGCUGGACAGCCUCCAUUUGACGGAGAGGAUGAAGAUGAGUUAUUUCAGUCAAUCAUGGAGCACCACGUCUCCUAUCCCAAGUCAAUGUCCAAGGAGGCUGUCGCUAUCUGUAAAGGGCUGAUGACAAAGCAUCCAGCGAAACGCCUGGGCUGUGGUCCAGAGGGGGAGAGAGACAUCAGAGAGCACAGCUUCUUCCGCUACAUGGACUGGGAGAAACUGGAGAACAAGGAGGUGCAACCACCCUUCAAACCGAGAGCUAGGAACCGUCGGGACACCUGCAACUUUGACAAGGAGUUCACCAAGAUGGCUGUGGACUUGACGCCAACAGACAAGCUCGUCAUCAUGAACCUGGACCAGGACGAUUUCCUCGGCUUUUCCUACAUCAACCCGGAAUACGUGGCCCCCGCUAAUUAACACCGAUGGACCGAUAGAGGAGGUUUCAAAGCAGUAAAUGUGUAUGUUCAGUAAAUGUCUGUAGUUCUUUUAGGCCAUACUGGGGUAUCUCCAAGAUUGCAGCCCAAAACAGGAAUCACAGCACCAAACACUGGAUACCAAAGACGUUGAAGUAUUGAAUCAAAAAUGUCCGAGGUGUCAACAUCUGCUUUUUGUGCAGGGCAGGAACAAGAGAAAAUAUCAACCGCAUUAAUCCAACCAGUUUUAUUCAGUGUAGAGAAGCACAAGCUUACCGCUUCACUCGUGUCAGCUCACUCUUUCUUUAUUCAACGAUAGAAUUCCUGAUGUGUUUAUGGCAUUGUAUCUGCAACAAGCCUUUCACCGCUCUUAGUAUUCUUAAAGUGAAGUAUUGCGUUAUGUUCCCUUGUGUUAUCCCACAAGUUUCACAGCAUCAUUGUGACAUCUACAAAGCACCAUCGCGCAAAUCCAGGCUCAUAUUUUCCUGGCAUUGCUAAAUUGGCCGCCAUCGAUGAGCGCUGAUAGUUCCAGGUUUAACUCUGGAUCCCUGUCAUGCACAGUAAAAUGGGACCAAGACCUACGAAGCACACUGGAAUGUAGAUUUGGUGUUUAUGAAUGUUUUUACAACAUAACUGGCGUGUCACGGUGUUAGCAAUGUAAAGUUUUAUAUAUAUUCUAAUGUUGUUACUCUUGUGUCUUUGUAAAAAUUGUAUAGGAGUAAAACUUUCUAACUUCUUGAACUGUAUGCACAUCUGCAUUUCGUAAUAUCAACCGUAUCCUCUGCAUUCAUCCUGACACACACCGCGAGCAGUACCGCCAACCACUUCCACUGGGCCAUUGUUCCCAUCCCACUCUCAUGAGGCUUAGCGUCUCACACUGAGCGAGCUUCACAGCCUUUUUAGGGUUUUUUUUUUUUACCCCCUCUUUUUCUUUUUCCUCUAUUUCCUCCUUUUCACCCUCCAUCCGCCCCUCUGAUGCCUCUCUUAUUAUUAUCAGAAUUGUUUUGGCUCUAGCCCGUACGUCUGCCAGGGCUUCAGUGGGAGCCUGGUGCGAUGAGUCGUCGCAGGAGUUGGCAAUGCAGCAGUCACCAGUGGGGCAUCCACACGUGCGCAGACGGUGAACGCUGAGCUGCUUUGACAGCCUCCAAGGGAGUCAUUUCACAAACAGCAAUAAUAAAAAAGCAAUGCUGCUUUUUCAUUUAUUUUUUUUAUUUUAAUUUAAACCACCUGCCUGUAAUUUAUUUGUGUAUGUGUGCAUUUCUUGACAGUCAUCCAUAUAUUAGAAUAUAUGUACGUGAGUGUGUGUGUGUGUGUGUGUGUGUGUGACAGACAGAAUUACAUGUAUGUAUUUUGGGUCACACACACACACAAGCACCCAUACCUGUGUACACCCACUUAGCCAUACAGUCAGAUCCUCGACUGAGGGUUGGAAUUACUAGGUGAAGCGUAACAAGGCGGACAAUGACUAAGAAAUGUUUGCACCUGGAGGCACACAAGACAUAUACUGUAGGUCCGUUGCACAGGCCUAGAUUCCCAUCCUCCUCCUUCUCCUGCUGCUUUAAUCAGCACAAACAGCAUCUUCAUGAAAGGACGCACGCCUGUAGUGUCUUCAAUAACGUGCACACAGCAUCUUCGAGCUUUGGUGAAACUUUACUCUGCCGUCCUUAUGUUUUGCUUCUUUGCUGUAUAAUGUAAAAUUUAAAAAAAAACAACAACUGCCCUUUGUGUGUCAGCCAUAUAUUUCUCUGGUCAAGGGUGUAAAUAUCUCCUAAUAUUAAUCACGCCCAGUCUCAGCAUCUGCUGUUGACAACCCCACACCCCAAAGCGCUCGAUAGCACUCAGCCAGCUGUCUUGUGAAUUUGUAUGGCCGAGUUAAUGAGUGAGCACGGCACACUACAUGCGUGUGACUCAGAUAUCUUAAGCGCUGCUCAGUUUUAAUAUAGGUCUGUCUUUAAAUCUGAUAAGAAAUGUUCUCUUCAGCUUCAGCGUCGUUUGACUAAACAGCGCCAACAUGAAAAAAUGACCGUAACACACGCACAAGCUGGUUUAAGAAGCUAGCAGAUAUGUUUCACAUUUUAAAAAAAAAUUACAGGACUAUGAGGAAGUAUACUAUGCAUGCAUGUGACGAUCUCUCUUUUUCAUAUCUUGUUCCAUAUGAUAUGGACUUAUUCUAUAUUAAGUGUUGGACUGGUGUGUGUGGGUAUGUGUGUGAUAGUUUCUUUAUUAGACAGUAAAAGGGUUUUUAUGUCGCUUAAUUUAUGAUAUGUCUCAUGUCAUUGCUGCACAUUUACUGAAUAUUAUUGAAAGACUGUGUUUUGCUUUUAUUUGUACAGAUAUAAAUAUUUUUGAAGUACAUAGGGGUAAGAGUCUUCCAUUUCCAUAGUUGUAUUUAUACUCAGAAAUCAAUGUGUUUAGGGGUAAAAAUGAUGUAUGUAAGUUGCAAUAGAAAACAUGGAGCGAAAACUAGAUAUAAAUAUACAUCUGUGCUGACUGAAAUCCAGCAAGAUCUAGAUGUUUAGUGCUCUGCCACUCGUAUGUGGACUGUAUUGGCCUGAAAGUGUCCUUCCCUCCUGUCUCUCCUCCCGACCUUUCCUUUGAUCACGCCUUUCCAUCUGUCAUUUUAUUUUCUGCUCUGACCUUUCUCUCCCCUUCUUCCUCUCUUCCUCUCCCACUCAGCUUCCUCGUUGUCUUUCUCUUUCUUCGUUCCUUUCCUCUUGACCUUUAUCCCUUCCUGCAGCUUUUUCCCUUGCUUCUUCCCUCGUCUUCUCGAGGCAUUUCAGUUUCAUUUGCCUCUCAUUAUCCCUGAUUGGUCCCGUUCUCUUCCCCUUUACCCUUCUCUCUUACGGUUUGUAGCCUUUCAAAGGCUACAUGACACUAAACAUAACAACCGAGGAGCUGCUGCUAAGGUUUAAUUAACAUUUGAUGGCUGCAUUUUGACCUUACUUCUGCUUUGAUUUAGGCUGGGCUUACAUUCUAAACAACAAGUGAUUUAACAAUAACCUGAAGAUAAUUUUCAGUGUUUAAAUGCAGAAAACUGCAAGAAAAGAGUAAGGAUGUGUUUUAUGAGAUAAGAUAGUUCACUGAUUUAAUAAUAAUAACAACAAUAAUAAUA